AUGCUAACUAACUUAGCAUCAAUAUUAAAUUGUGAAAACGGUCAAACCUCCGGUUUAAGCGUCAACGACUCCUCCUCCUCCUCUGCUUUCAGUGUCUGUAACAGCGACAGAUCCGGCGAGGUUCCAACAACUUCCUCCGAGAGCAGACGACUCUUCCUCUCAUGCGCCGUUGAGAAUUCCGACGAUUUGAUCCGAUAUCUCGUAUCACAUCUCGACUCUUCCUCAUGUUCCAUCGACGAGCAGAAGCAAGUGCUCCUAUCCGAGAACAACCCCGAGAAUCGGAUCAAAAUCGCUAACGCCAGCGCCAUCAUCGCUUCAUCCGAUCCUCACCUCCAAGAGCACGGAGUAACCUCCGUCUUGAAACUCUCCCUCUGCGACGAGAACAAGGAGCUGAUUGCUUCUUCUGGCGGCGCGAUUAAACCGCUCGUUAGAGCGUUGAAGUCGGGAACACCGACGGCUAAAGAGAACGCCGCGUGCGCUCUCCUCCUGUUAUCGCAGAUCGAAGACAACAAAAUCGCGACCGGCUUUUGUUAUGAAUUUGCUGAUGUCGACGGCGGAAUCGAAGCCGGCGGUGGUGGAGGAAGGAGGAGUUCCGGUGCUUGUGGAGAUAGUGUAGGUUGAGACAGAAAGAGAUGAGUGUGUCGAUACUGUUGCAGCUUUGUGAGGAGAGCGUGGUGUAUCGAACCAUGGUGGCUCGUGAAGGAGCGAUUCCUCCAGUGGUGGCUCUAUCGCAAACGAGUAAGAGUCGAGCUAAGCUGAAGGCUGAGGCGUUGAUUGAGCUUCUCAGGCAACCAAGACAACGACACUUAGAUUCUAACAUAAACUA